AUGAAGACAAAGGCACUGGAGACCCAUUCCAGUGCCCGUGAAAUCUGUGAGAGUUUUGCCAUUGACAUCAGUGGGAGCAGGUACUCGGUAACUUCUCUCAAGACUAUCCCAGAAUUAUGUAGAAGGUGUGAUUCGCAAAAUGAAGACAGAUCAGUUUCAAGCACUAGCUGGAGCUGUGGAGUUUCAACUCUUAUUGGAAAUGCACAAAAACCAACAGGAAUUGCAGACAUGUACAGUAAGUUCAGACCAGUGAAGAGGGUUUCCCCACUAAAGCACCAGCCGGAGAGCUCAGAGAACAAUGAAAGUGAUGACCAAAAGAACCAGAAGGUGGAAUACCAGAAAGGUAGCGAUUCUCACCCUGCAUCUCAGAAUGAUGAUCAGUGUUCAGGAGAUGGAGAAGGCCUUAAAAGUAAAAGCAUUGAGUCUGGUGUUUUGCUUGGGGAGCUGGAGCACUAUGACCUGGACAUGGAUGAAAUUUUGGAUGUGCCUUACAUUAAAUCAAGCCAGCAACUUGCUGCUUUUACCAAGGUGGCUCCAGAGAAAAGGAUUUUGGGUGUAUGUUCAACAGUGAAUGGUCUGAGUGGCAAGACCUGCUCUGCAGGAAACAGUGAGAACUUGCCAGCCAGCACGACACAGUUUUGUGUUCUGUCCCCUGUGAAAAGCUCUCAGAUGAGAAAUGCGCAGUCCAUUGUCCUUAAUCAGCACAAGCAUUUAGCUGAAGAAUUAGGGCUUUCCCAGCCUCUAGUUAAAUGUAGCUCAGUCCAUGAAACUGAAGCCCAGAGCAAGGGCUUCCUCAACAGGACAUUUACCGAUCCCCAAGCUCAUAAAACUGAAAAGACCAUGCCAAACUGCCAGCUGAGGACUUUUCAUCUGCAGACAGCCGUGACAGAAAACAAACUUGAUGAACUGAACAGUAAUAUGAACUGGAGCAGCUCAGGAGGCCCAGAGGAAAGGGGUGAAGACGUGAAAAAAAAUAAAAGCAUCUUAAACAUUGUGAAGGAAGGACAGAUAUCAUUAUUGCCACACCUAGCAGCAGACAAUCUGGACAAAAUUCAUGAUGAAAGUGAAAACAAUCUGUUGCACAUAGCAGCAUCACAGGGACAUGCAGAGUGCUUGCAACAUCUCACUUCUUUGAUGGGAGAAGACUGUUUGAAUGAGCGGAACAAUGAACAACUAACACCAGCUGGGUUAGCAAUAAAGAAUGGUCAACUGGAGUGUGUACGGUGGAUGGUGAGCGAAACAGAAGCCAUUGCUGAAUUAAGUUGCUCAAAAGAUCACCCAAGCCUUAUUCACUAUGCAGGUUCCUAUGGUCAGGAGAAAAUACUUCUGUGGCUUCUCCAGUUUAUGCAAGAACAAGGGAUUUCUUUGGAUGAAGUUGACCAGGAUGGUAACAGUGCAGUACAUAUAGCUGCCCAGCAUGGCUAUUUAGGAUGUAUACAGACAUUGGUUGAAUAUGGAGCAAAUGUCACCAUGCAAAACCGUGCUGGAGAGAAACCUUCACAAAGUGCUGAACGACAUGGACACACCAUGUGUUCCCGUUACUUAGUGGUUGUGGAGACAUGCAUGUCAUUGGCAUCUCAGGUUGUCAAGUUAACUAAACAACUAAAGGAGCAGACAGUAGAACGUGUGACAUUACAGAACCAACUCCAGCAGCUUUUAGAAGCCCAGAGAUCAGAGGGCCAAUCACUACCAACAUCCCCAAGUUCACCAUUGUCCCCCGCUUCUGGAAAACCUCAGUGGAAAGCCUCUGAUGCAGAUGAUUUGUCUCUACCAAAAAGUAAAUUGAACACCCAAGACGGGAUUCAGAUUCUUGGCAGCAUAGGAACUUCCAGCCAUACUCGGUCCAAGACAAAAGACGAGGACUCAGAUAAAAUCCUGCGCCAAUUGUUGGGGAAAGAAAUCUCUGAGAAUGUCUGUAUGCAGGAGAAGCUGACACUGGAAUUUCAGGAUGUUCAUGCUUCCUCCAAGAAUGUGAAGAAGAUUCUACCAGAGAAAAGGGAGCUGAAGUUAGCCAGACUGAGGCAGCUUAUGCAGAGAUCCCUCAGCGAGUCUGAUACAGACUCAAAUAAUUCUGAGGACCUGAAGAAUACUCCUGUGAAAAGAACUGACAAACCAAGGCCACAACCCAUAGUAGAAAGUGUUGAAAGCACUGAGAGUUUGCAUCUGAUGAUUAAGAAACACACUUUGGCAGCAGGGCGCCGGUUUCCUUUUGGCAUUAGAGCUUCCAAAUCUGUGGAUGGCCACAGCCCAUCUCCCUCUUCAGAGAGCAGCGAUCCUGAUAACGAACCCCAAUAUCAGUCUGGGACUGCAUCUCAGAGCCAGGUUUCUGGAGAUACCUCUCAGUCCAGCACUGACAGUGCCACUGUUCAAAAGGUUGCUACUAGUCCUAAGAGUGCCCUCAAGUCUCCAUCUUCAAAGCGCAGAACCUCCCAGAAUUUAAAACUCAGAGUAACCUUUGAGGAGCCCGUGGUGCAGAUGGAGCAAACAGAGAUUGAACUGAAUGAGGAAAAGGACAAAGACCGGAGCAAAGCGCCUCAGCGGGCUCAAGCCAGCACUGAACCUGGGGAUCAGCUGAAAAGGCCAUUUGGAACAUUUAGAUCUAUAAUGGAGACUCUGAGCGGGAACCAGAACAACAACAACAACUGUCAAACAGCAAACCUGAUGAAAACCUCAUCAACAUUGCCCUUUACCUCAUUAGGAAAAAAAGCUGCAGAUAGCAAGGGAAAUCCAGCAGCUCCUUCUAAAGGAAAAAAUAAGACAGCAUAAUGACAUCAAUAGGAAAAGUCUGAAAUCUUACAGCCAAAAAAGUAUUGAAGAGCCAGAGCUGCAGGAAUUCUUCCUCUAAAUCACAUCUCAUGGUGUCUUGUCUGCCUUCAAACAUGGUUUGAAAUGCCUGAAAUAUCUUCUUUUAAGAACACUAAUAUGAGACAUAACUCUCACCAGCAAAACAAGACUGUUAGGAUGCCUUAAAUUUGUAGCAGUUAGACCAUAUACAAAAUGUUUUUAUGCUAUGUGUGUGUCUGUAACUUGUUUGUAAGAUAUACUGUUCAAAGGCAUGGGGGAGCAAAAGUAAUGGUUUGGAAAUUGCAGUGACACGGGCAACCUCCAGAAUGUUCAUCUGGCCACUGAACACAUUUUGUAAUUCAUCUAUUGCAUGGAUAUACUGUAAUAUGUCUGUAGUUCCCUUUCUCAAUGACAUAUACUGUAAAACUUUCAGCCAGGACUCUGCCUGCCGAGCUCCUCAAUGAGACCAAGGCAAUAGCGUUGUUUUUUUGUCUAGUAUGUUUUGUCUGUUAUUUCUAUUUUUUUGUAAAAAGGAAAUAAAAACAGUCUUAACAAUA